UUUUAAGUGCGCGUUCAGUCCACACGGCGGGACGAGACACAAACAGCGCCGACCGUCCGAGAGGAGCGAGGCUCCGCAAAUCUGUCGAAAACACUGAGAACGACGGAACUUACACGGCCGCUUGUCAUUUGGACGCUUGAGGAUUAACGAUAAACCCGUGGCGGUUACUGGUGAUUGAUGCAGUCCGUUCCUGAACAGCCUGCGCUCUGUCUGAGGGUCUAACAAAGGUGGGAGACGCGUCUGCUGUCCCCUAUCACAGGGGGAAGAUAUGAUCUUUAAGAUAAGCCAGUUUGGGGUCAUGCAACAAGUAUAAAUGCACAUUGACGAGCAGAGGGAGACAGGCUGGCGAAGGCGAAAGAAGUGGAUGUUUUGAGGCGAGCAGUCGAGGACCGUGUGCUGGAGAUGUCUCUGUGGAUGAUAUUACCUGUCAGCCUCCCAGCUCUGACCAUCACUGGAAUAUGGGUUGUGUAUGCCAUGGCCUUGUAUAACCAGCAUGUCUGUCCUGUGAACAACUGGAUGUAUAACCAUUCAUGUGAGGUGGAUCUGCCAAUGCAGAGGGGACCAACCAUGUGCUGUACUCUGGACAAUGUUCCUCUCAUAAGUAAAUGCGGCACACUUCCUCCAGAGAGCUGCUUCUUCAGCCUCAUCUGCAGCACCGGAUCCUUUAUGGUAAUGGUGAUUGUGAUGCUUCGCUAUGCCCAUGUGAUAGAGAAGCACCAGAACUGCGUGUUAAACACAGCAAGUCUCUCCACCGGCUGGAUCUGUGCUGCAGGACUCAUCAUGGUCGGCAAUUUCCAGGUGGAUAAUGCCAAGGUUCUUCACUAUGUUGGAGCAGGGGUGGCCUUCCCCACCAGUAUGCUGUUUGUGUGUCUGCAGUCUGCGCUGACCUACCGCCUGGCGAAGACUCAGGGAGAAUAUAAUGUGGCUCAUUUGCGCCUGUUUAUGACCCUGCUGGCCUUUGUAGCCUUGGUGCUUAGCGGGGUGUUUUUUGUCCAGGAGAGUUUUGUCCUGCAACAUGCAUCAGCCAUUUUCGAGUGGGUCUUCUGUGUCAUUAUUAUGCUUUUCUAUGGCACAUUCGCUUUUGAAUUCGCCGGAAUAUCUAAUGACACAAUGAUGGUGCUGGCCCGAGGGCAGUCUCUACAGUCUGUAAGCCAAAACCACAAAAUGGAGUCUCUUGCUGGGGCCAGUCAGCACCAGACUGAGAGCCUAUCCAUACUGUAACCUCAGUGUCCUGUAUCUGCCAAUCUCUCUCAGCACUAGAAAAGAACACUACAGCCGCAGAGGGAAAGUGACAGAAACUGGACCUGGCUCUCCUACAAACGGCUUACCUUUUGCCAAAGAAUCCAGCUCAGAUUUUGCACAUUUUUAAGAGAUUUCUUCACUCUCUGGGGACCUUUUGAAUCGCACAGCUUCCAUACUGGGAAAAACAAAGUUCAUUGCCUGGAUGUGUUGGAGUUUCCAUUGGAUCUCAUUGGGAUUUUAAGUAUCUGUGUUACAUGGAUAAAGGAACUACAGACUGCUAGUUGGCACGUCCAUUGGUGAAACCAGAGGACCGCUGCAUCAGAAGCCUUCUGCAACACUCAAGCAUUUUAACAUAGUGCCUCAAAACAAUGGUUGUUGUGCCAAUUCCAAACAUUGCAAGAAAAUGGAUCCAAAAAUGCUGAUGUUUUUCUGUGCCUUGAGUUUUUUUUUAGGGAUUUUUAUUUUCAAAGGUAGUGAUGGUUAAAUCAUAUAACAUUUUACUUUCACAUAUCUCUACUGUUUGAUAACUGAUCAAGCCUUAAUCACCAUAUGCUGUCUGAAAUGUAUUUUUCGGGAGAUUGUCAUUACCAAUGUGCCUUGUACCAAAAACCAAAUACCGAUAUUUAUUAGAAAUGUAUGUCAAUUGCCUUGAAUAUAUAAGGCACGUAUUUUUUGGUUUUUAACAACUAAGCUGAACGAGAUCAGCAAACACUUCUCGUGAAACAGGUGCAUGAACUUAUCACAUUAAGUCGCCAGUAAUUGGUGCCAUUGCAGACAUCAUGUUAGAGUCUAUGAGUUUUGCUGUACAUUGUGACCAAAUGUAACUGAGAAGACAGUUCUGUGGUCAGUGUGAUGAUAGGUUUCCCUCUUUCUGUCACUGUAGGAAUUGUUGUGUUGAGUGGGUGUUUAUGGGAGUUACAAGGAAGCAUCUAGUAAUGAAAGACAUGUGACGACGAAUGAAGCUGCCCUUUAAUGUAAAGGGUGACUAGUUUAGGUGUUCUUAGAUGUACAGUAGGUCUCUGUGAGCUGUUUUUUUGCAGACAAAAUUGCUUACAGCAGGACUGCAAGUUUAUAAUUGAUUUUGUUUGUUUUGAAAAAACAGAUGCGGUUUGGUUUACAUUGGUCAAAUGUUUUCACACUACCAGCAUGACAAAAAAAUAAAAUAUAUUGUUCCUCAGUCAUUAUCAAGGGAGUUUUGUCAGGAUAAGAGCCAUAUUUAUGCUUAUCACCAUUUGAUUCCACCAGUGCUGUCCUGAAAACAUCAUUCAUGUCAUUGGAGUUUACUAAUUCUCUUCGCUCAGGAAUUCAGAUCUGUCUUUUUCUGUCACAUAUCUUCUCUCUGUGUUCCAGACUGUGUUGAUCCACCAGAUAUGAGUGGACAAGUUUACUUGUUUAGAACAUUUCCUUCAUGUAGCCAGAGAGCUUUAUUUUGCUUCGAUUGCAUCAUUGGGACUGUGUUAAGCCCAUAAUUUGGAUUAAUUUGUUGUUUAAACCAUUGUCUCAGAAGUACUUCUGGUGUAUUGUUUAAAGAAAUAAUUCAUCCAAACAUAAAACUUCACCAUAUACUCAACUUCAUUUUGUAAAUUCAGAAUUCAAAAAUUCAAAUGCU